AAAAAUUUACUUAUUAUUAUAAGGAUUUACUUGUCUUUUAUAACAAGAUAAUAUGGUCUCAUUAAGUAAUUUAAAUAAGGCAUUUAGUGUAGAAAUUGAAGAUACACCUAUUCAACCUAUGCAUCAAGGAAACUUAGAUCUUCAACGUCAACUUUUGAAGAGAAAAGUUAUAUAUGGAGGAAAUAUAGCAUCUCCAACAGAUGAUCUUAUGUCUCCUACUACAGCUAAAUUGCAAGCUCAUAAACAAAAAUACUAUGGAAAGUAUUAAUUUAAAUAUAUAAGUUUUAUAUAUUUUUUAAAACUUUUAUAGGGCAAAGCCUCAGUCAUUACAAAAUAUGUUUACUCAAAUACAAUCUGGU